GGGAGGAGUCUGGGGAGGAAAGAGGCCGAGGAAGCCAUCCUCAUCGCUUGUGCCGCCAUUGCCAUUUUUGCUUGGUAAUAUUCUUGAAUUUCGAACCCGAUUGUACCGCCAAAGUAACUCGUCUGAAAUCGACCAAUGCCUUCCUUUCCCUCUCAAUAUUCCGGUAUGUCCUCCUCUCGUGGCUGUACCGUGGCGGUGUGGAUGACGCUGUCGGGUCGGUCUCGGUCGUCGACCCAAAAAAUAUUGUCGGCCGGUGCUCUUCGCGAUGGAUUGUCCCACCACUUCAAUCCACUCGAGACAUUGAAAAAGAAUGGGCCGGGAUGGCACGGUCCCUCUCCUGCUUCUGAGCUGCCACUGCAGCGCUGGAGAAUGCGCUAAGACCCUCUAAACCCAAUUUAGGUUGUGCCUGGGGCAGCAGCUCCACCAGGCCAAUCAGGUGCCGGCUAUGACCCGUCCCCCUUUCCCCAGCUGGCGAGCGACCCCUUGGACGGAAAUUAUUGUUUGGCACACGCUGCUGGCAGGAAAGGUCCACGGUGCUACCACGAAAAUCCCCCAACCAUUCGAAACCUCAACCCGACAGCAACUCUCGUCGAUACACUCCAUCUUCACCUCUCCAUAUCCCCCGUGAGCGCCUCUAUUUCCCGGUGCUGUGCCCCUGUCUGCUUUUUGGAAUAGCUCCAUAGCGUGUCUCCCGUCUCCCGUCUUCAGCCAGUUAUAACCUACCGCCACAAUGGCCGCCAUGCCUGCUGCCACCAUCUACCCCCAGAGCCACGUCGGUUUCGACAGCAUCACGUCCCAGAUCGAGCGCAAGUUGCUCAAGCGUGGCUUCCAGUUCAACGUCAUCUGCGUCGGCCAGACGGGUCUCGGCAAGUCGACCUUGAUCAACACCAUCUUCGCCUCUCACCUCAUCGAGUCCAAGGGCAGGUUGCUCCCUGACGAGACCAUUCGCUCCACCACCGAGAUCCAGUCCGUUUCGCACAUCAUCGAGGAGAACGGCGUCCGCCUCAGACUCAACAUUGUCGAUACCCCCGGCUAUGGCGACCUCAUCAACAACGACAGGUGCUGGGACCCUAUCGUCAAGUACAUCAAGGACCAGCAUUCGGCCUACCUCCGCAAGGAACUCACUGCCCAGCGUGAGCGCUACAUUCAGGACACGCGCAUCCACUGCUGCUUGUUCUUCAUCCAGCCAUCGGGUCACUCCCUUAAGCCCAUCGAUAUUGUCGUGCUCAAGAAGCUCUCUGAUGUUGUCAACGUCGUUCCCGUCAUCGCCAAGUCCGAUUCCCUGACUUUGGAGGAGCGCAUGGCUUUCAAGGAGCGCAUCAAGGAGGAGUUUGCUUUCCACAACCUCAAGAUGUACCCCUAUGACAACGAGGAAUUUGACGACGAGGAGCGUGCUGUCAACAGCCAGAUUAAGAGCUUGAUUCCUUUCGCCGUCGUCGGUUCCGAGAAGUCAAUCAUCGUCAACAACAAGCAAGUCCGUGGCCGCCAGAAUCGGUGGGGAGUGAUCAACGUUGAGGACGAGACCCACUGCGAGUUUGUCUACCUCCGAAAUUUCCUCCUCCGCACCCACCUCCAGGACCUCAUUGAGACGACAUCUCAAAUUCACUACGAGACCUUCCGCGCCAAGCAGCUCUUGGCCCUCAAGGACCCCAGCGCCCAGGGCCACGGCAGCAGACCCAUCAGCCCGGCUGCUGACCGCGAGAUGAGCCGCAGCUCGCAAAGAAUGACCAUGAACGGCUACUAAGACAACCGAGCCUCUAAUCACGCAUACACGCACACCCACUUACACUUAUAGUAGUGUUUAUUCGUCGCCUACAACAUAUGACCAUGACAGACCUUUUGAUAUCCCGGCAGAAGUAGUGCAGUGCCACCAGAAACGCAGAAAAAGCUCUUACAACAUCGAAACGAGAACGGGGGGACGGAGCAGCGAGGGAUGUGGGGAGGGAAAAUAGCGAGGCGCAUAUGUGAUUGCGGUUUGGCCGUCUGGUGUUUUAUGUCGUCUUGUUGGCAGUUAUUCCGGUGGACUGGACUCUUAUUAUCCUAUUUUCUUUUUAUUAUCCGAAGCUCUUUCGCAUCUUUGCAACUUUUUUUCCCUUUUCUUCUUUUAAUUACCCCGGGCCCUCCACAAAUUAAUAGAGAGCUAGUUUCGAUACCUGACGGAGAAUACAGAUGAGAUGUUAUAAAUGUGUAUUUAAAACCGGACUGUCUUGAGUUGAUGAUCGGUGUCC